AUGGCAACUCUAGAACCGACAACGAGCUACAUCGCCGAGUUGAUAUCAACAUCCAACCUGCCCUCUGUCACAUUCGUUGUCACCGCCUUGACUUUGGCCGUUUUCUACACUUUACAGCGUCGGAAGUCGACGGUGCCACUUAUCAACCCCAAACGGUGGUUUGAAUUUUCGGAUUAUAGGAUCAAGCAGGAAUUCGUUCACAAUGCAAUUCCACUGGUUAAACAGGGCUUUGCGGCAACUGGCAACAAGCCGUUCCGCAUCCUUGCAGAUAGCGGAGAACUCACGGUUCUCCCUCCUGAUGUAGCCAACGAGAUUAAGAGCAAUGACCACAUGAGCUUCGAGCUUAGUACCGCCAAGAACAAUUGUGAAUCUGACACGGUAACAAUCGCGAAGCAAUUUUUCGGCCACCUCCCGGGAUUCGAGGUAUUCAAUGCCACGGGAAUGAAUAUGAAAGUUAGCAAGUCCAUAGUCCAGCGCCAGUUGACCACUCAUCUUAGUAAGGAAUGCCAGAUCUUUUGGAUGAGCCUCUCAGCGUCCAGAGCUGAAAUUGUAAGGGCACGUACGGUUAUUGAACCUAUUUUGAAGAGGCGUGCAGAACAGAAGGCCGCCCUCGCAGCACAGGGAAAGAAAGCUCCUGAGAUCAAUGAUGCUAUUGAAUGGUUUACCAGCGCCACAACAAUUGAAGGUUUCACUCUUGACCCAGUUAUAGCCCAACUUGGACUCAGCCUUGCUGCAAUUCAUACUACGAGCGACCUCUCAACCCAAGUAAUCCUUGACAUAGCUUCUCAUCCGGAAAUUAUCGAGCCGCUGAGAAAGGAGAUAAUCGAAUCCUUGAGUGAAGGGGGAUGGAAAAAGAACUCACUCUACAAAUUAAAGCUUUUAGAUAGCGUCAUCAAGGAGAGUCAACGCAUGAAGCCCGUUGCUUCUAUCAGCAUGAACCGUCUAACAACCACCAACGUUAGCCUCUCUGAUGGCACCUUUAUUCCCAGGAACACCGCAACCGCAGUUUCCAGCCACCGCAUGUGGGAUCCCAGCAUCCACACUAACCCAGACCAGUGGGACGGCUACCGUUUCUACAACAAACGUCAGGAGCCUGGACAAGAAAACUUGUCACAGCUCGUCAGUACUAGCCCGGACCACUUAGCCUUUGGACAUGGCCAACAUGCGUGCCCCGGCCGCUUCUUCGCUGCCAACGAAAUCAAAGUGUUCCUCUGCCAUUUGCUCCUGAAGUAUGACCUGAAAAUAGUGGAAGGGUCGAUGAUCAAGCCGUUUCCGUAUUCCUUUUCGAUGAAUGCGAAUCCUUUUGCGCCGCUUAUGAUUCGGAGGAGGGAGGAUGUGAUUGAUCUAGAUGCGCUGGAUGCGAAUUUUGAGGAGGAGCUCCUAGAAGCAGAAAUCGAAAUCCAUGGCACCGCUUGA